AUGAAGAAAAUUGAGCGCUUUAAAAGCAGAACAAAGGAAUUCAUGAGUGGAUUUGAAUCUACCCACGAUGAAAUACGUGCCGACGAAGAAACCUUCAUUAUCGUUCACCUUUUGAAGAAAAGUGAUUCAAAUUCUCCAAUACUGGACGGCUAUUUUGACCAACUGGCAAUGCUCGCCUGCUGCACCAGUCCUCAUGUAGUGAAAAGAGCCCUUGAUGCUCUUCUCAACGAAAUAUUUAUAAGCAUUUCCAAUUCCACAAGAAUUCGAUGUCGUAACAUAUUGAAAGCUGAAGAGAUCCUUCGUGCGUCGUUUCUAGAGUCUAUGAAGCUGGACCAUUUUACAGCUAAAUCUCAUCGAAUGACGACAUACGCUUGGCUCAUCACGUUAGUCCUUCUCAAGCACAGUAAAGAAGAAUACAUAGAAAUUCUUCCAAAACUCAGAGAAUUUGACAAAACGCUGGAAACUCUCCAGAGUGACAAGGACGAAAAGCUUUUCGGCGGACGAAAUACUUUUCGGUACGGUGUUUAUCUUGCCCGGGAAAGUAUUAAACGAAUUUCAGGAAAAAAGGACACGAGGGAAUCCUUAUAUAGUAGCAUCAAGAAAUGCGAAAAUUUUCUGAAUAGCAAACUGGAGAAAAACGAAGUCAUGAAGCUUGGUAAAGCGAUCAGUGAUGGAGGUAAUUGGCUGGAUCUUCACGUAUGCCUGGCGUUUUUGCAAGAUUUACCAAAGGUACGUGUUUAUAACGGGGUCGAAUAACUUUACUUUCACAAUGAGAAAUAGAAUUUUUAUCUUUAAUCAACUUUUAAUUCUAUAUAUAAAUAUGCGGAAUGUCCAUAUUUUUGAAUAUUUUAUGAUUUUGUAAAUUUUGUAAAUUUCUUGAUAACCAUGCAUGUAUGGGUAACCGAUUAACAUUAAGAGACAAAAAACUCAUUAUACCUCAUACCUUCCAUAUACAGCUAUUUCAAUUAUGGUCGUCCCCAAGCAAAGUGGAAAAGUCGAAUACGUGCGCGAAAGGCUUGCUGAGAAUCGCUAAAAAAAUAAUGAUUUUUUAGCGAUUCUCAGCCGCAAGCCUUGUGCGCUCGUAUUCGACUUUUUCGCUUGGCUCGGGGACAACCUUAAUUGGAAUAGCUGUAUACAAAUGAUCAUGAUUGCACUCUUCACAGCAAAAAAAAUUCAACAAUUAUAGCGGGGUAAAUAAGUGUUUCCCUAUUUUUCUUUAAAUUAAAGUCUGCAUUAUUGAUCGGCCAACUUUUACCGCUGCAUUCGCUUCACUGGAUUUUGAUCAAAUUCUUUACCUCGCUAAUUUCAUUAUUUAGCAUGGUUCAUAUCUGAAGCAAUUUUUUAUUGUCAAAUAUUUGUUUUGAAUAACUGCAAGUAUAUUAAAAUAUAGAUUAUUAUAGUUGGAGGCUUGUAGAGCCACAUGCUAUACAGUACGUUGGGAAAAUAUAUUGCGGGUAAGGCCGUACCAGCUCUGAGCUUCUAUUGUAUAUAAUUAUCCUGAGCACUUCUUAUAUUAUUAUGUUGCAUUUGUGCUGUUUGCAGCCAGAAAUCGACACGUGCACUGAGUAAUGAGUCAGAGAUGUUAUUUUGCUAUACCGUAAGAAUCGAAGAAAAACAACAAAAAAAUUUUCUAUGAACUUUCAGUCGUUUAGUUGAGUGUGGAUUCGAUUAAUUGUGUGGAUAUCUUAACUAAAAUAAAAAAAACAAAAACAGCUGAAACAGUCCAACUGGAAUUCAAUGUGUUGGUCUAUGUACCACACCAUCCGUCCUUACCGCAUUAUAUAGCCAACCCGUUGGCCUAUCAGAUAAAAAACCAGAUUCUGCCUUCGUACAAUACACAUGCGCUGGAGAGGGACUUGUUUCAGACCCUCUUUUCUCUUCUAUCCUCCCACAUUUAAGGAAAAUAAAUAAAUAAAACGCGGCCUGAUGAUCAGGCGAAUGGUCUAUCAUUGUUAUGGAUCCGAAAGUUUGAUUCUGUAAAGGGCUACCAUAAGCAUGCAUCUGACUGGCAUGCCUUGGAAUAUAUUCACAUUUGGGUGCUUACUUCGACAUAUAUGUUUAUUAGUGCUCUCGUGAUGAACUAAUCUCGCGUACGGCCCUGCACAGCUAUAGCAAUUACAAUACGUUUUGUAUCACAAACAUGCAUAGACACCAAUGAAAGAUUUCUAAUUUUCGCAGAUUAUUAUAAACAUUGUAAUGAUAAUAUGAUGCUUUAUUACUUUUACAGUUUUACCAAUACCAGGCCAAUCGUAAACCAAUUAUCCUGAUACAAAUGUUGAUUGCAGAUUUUCGCGAGCGUUGCGACAGCAAAAGAGUCAAAUGGAAAAAGUCAAACUAUGAAUGGCAGUUUGAGACGUUGGUCUAUCGAGUGAUGCUUAGGUUGAUUAGGACCUCGACAAAUAAAGGUUGGUAA